AGGUCCAACAGUGUGAUGAGUGAAUGUCGUAUCGGAGUGUUUGGUGCGGGCGUCGUAGGCCUGACCACUGCCUUGGAGCUGCAACAACGGAUCAGGAACGCUCGCGUCACUGUUAUUGCUGACAACUUUAAAGAAGACACAACAAGUGACAGGGCUGCGGGAAUAUUUAGUCCUGCCACCUAUUUUUCUGGGCCUACACCUGAGGUUUCACAGGAAUGGAUCAAUUACUCCUAUAAUUUUUAUAAAGAAUUGCAGAAUGAAUUAGGAAUUGGAAUUAGAGAUUUGUCGGGUUAUGUUCUGUCAAACAGAUGCUAUACUGAGACCAGGAACAAGUACCUGGAAACACUGCUACCUGUUUACCGUUCAGUUGAUGGAGAGGAGCUCGCUUCUAUUCCAACCGGAGACUGGAAAUAUGCUUCCUACCUGACAACACUGCUUAUUGAAUGCCGUCAGUACCAACCUUGGGCUAUGAAAAGGAUUCGUUCGAAUGGGGGUGAAAUAGUUUCUGGAAAAAUUAACAGUUUUUCAGAAGUUGAGAACUUCGGCAAGUUUGAUGUUGUGAUGAACUGCACUGGUCUUGGUGCCAGGGUUCUGUGCAAUGACAAGAAAUUAUUGCCUAUUAGAGGUCAAGUCUUCAAGGUAGAUGCACCCUGGCUUGACAAAUUCUAUUACGGUGGCAGUGAUACUUACAUCAUACCAGGAAUAUGGGCAGCCACUCUAGGAGGCACUAGAAAUUUCAACAGUUGGGACACAUCAGUUAGCAGAUACGACUCUGCUUGCAUCUGGGAUAAGUGUACCAGAAUUGUACCACGUCUGGCAAAAGCUCCUGUUCUCGCUGAAGCUGUUGGCCUGCGUCCAUAUCGUCCUAUUGUUCGAGUCGAACCAGAGAUCAUCAAUGGUCUAAAGGUAGUUCAUAAUUACGGUCAUGGCGGUUACGGAGUUACUUCAGCUCCGGGAACUGCUCAUACAGCAACUAGCUAUGCUAUAGACCUCCUGAGGGGAACCUCAAGCAAGCUAUAA